AUCACCAAGAAAUUAAAAUGGCGUUCCUCUUCCCGUCCCUUCUUCUUCCAUGGCUGCCAUGGCUUCUGGGCUCUCUCCUCUCCGUCUACCUCCUUGACCUCCUCGCCCACUCUCGCCGCCGCCUCCCGCCGGGUCCCCGCCCUCUGCCGUUCAUAGGCAGCCUCCACCUCCUCGGUGACCAGCCACACCGCUCUCUCGCCGCCCUAGCCAUGGCCUACGGCCCACUCAUGUCGCUCCGACUGGGCGCGGUCACCACGGUGGUCGCCUCCUCGCCGGCCGUCGCCCGCGAGAUCCUGCACAGGCACGACGCCGCCUUCGCGAGCCGCUCCUCGCCGGACUCCACCGGCGACCACGCCAGGAGCUCCGUCGCGUGGCUGCCCAGCAGCGCGCCGCGGUGGCGGGCGCUCCGCAGGAUCAUGGCGACGGAGCUGUUCGCGCCGCACCGGCUGGACGCGGCCGCGCCGCGGCGCCUCCGGCGAGAGAAGGUGCGGGAGCUGGUGGCGCACGUCGCGAGGCUGGCGGCCGGCGAGGGGGGCAAGCCGGCGGUGGUGGACGUGGGGCGCGUGGCGUUCGCGACGAGCCUGAACCUGCUGUCGCGGACUAUCUUCUCCCGCGACCUGACGAGCCUGGACGACCAUGGCGGGUCCAAGGGGUUCCAGGAGGCGGUGGCGAGGAUCAUGGAGGCCGGCGGGCGGCCCAACGUGUCCGACUUCUUCCCCGUCCUCGCCGCCGCCGACCUGCAGGGGUGGCGCCGCCGGCUGGCGCGCCUCUUCGCGCGGCUUCACCGGGUGUUCGACGCCGAGGUGGACGCCAGGCUACGCGAGCACGACGCCGGCGAGGCCAGGAAGGGCGACUUCCUUGACGUGCUCCUCGGCAUCGCGGCGCGGCGGGAUGAUGCGGCGGAGCUCGACCGUGACACUCUCCGCUCAUUAUUCACGGAUUUGUUUUGUGCGGGAAGUGACACAAGCUCUAGCACUGUCGAAUGGGCAAUGGCAGAGUUGAUGCAAAAUCCAAAGUCCAUGUCUAGAGUUUGUGAUGAGCUUUCACAAGUUAUUGGCUUAGGAAGAAAUAUCAAGGAAUCAGAGAUUGGUCAGUUGCCUUACCUUCAAGCUGUGGUGAAAGAAACAUUUCGGCUCCAUCCUCCAGCUCCCUUAUUAUUACCACGCCAAGCUGAGAUGACAAUGAAGAUAGCAGGUUAUACAAUACCCAAAGGGACACGGAUUUUCGUAAAUGUAUGGGCGAUGGGCAGAGAUAAGGAUAUAUGGCCCGAACCAGAAAAAUUUAUACCAGAAAGAUUUUUGGGAAGUAAGAUCGACUUCAAAGGAGUCCAUUUUGAGCUUAUUCCAUUUGGUGCAGGUCGUCGGAUAUGCCCUGGAAUGCCACUAGCAAAUAGGAUGGUACAUCUAAUUUUGGGAUCAUUGUUAAACCAAUUCAAAUGGAACCUACCAGUUAAGGUAGAAAGGAAUGGGAUAGAUAUGUCAGAGAAGUUUGGCUUGACACUUGCAAAGGCCACCCCUCUGUGUGCUCUAGUUACACCAAUUUCAGUCAAGCCAGCCGAUCAUCAAGAAUGA